UUUUCAGCUCAGCUUUCCUGUGUGUGGCAACUCUGAAGCUAAGCAAAACAAAAACAGUAAAGAAAUUUAAAAGGUCAUUGUUUAUCCCAAAAAGCGGCUAAAUUUAGUAACGUUUUUUUACGUUGGAUAGAAGACAAUGUCCGGUCGCUGGUUCCUCUUAGUUGCUGCAGCAGUGCUGUUGCUACUAUGCCACCAGCAAACGUGUGACGCAGCAGCCACCCAGGCGCCCCCAAAGGGGGAGGCAAUUGCGGAGCAGAAUGCGCCGGUUGCCCAGGCGGACCCUAAAAAGCCGUCCGUGAAGAAGGCGCAGCCCGAGGAUCCUUCGGCGGGACCAAAGGAUUCCAUGGUGGUAGUGGACAAGGGUGCACCAGUUCCGGCUGCCCCGGCAGCACCACCAGUCGCCCCACAAGCAGAGGCCAAGGCACCGGAAGUGACCAAGUCUAGCGGAAGCUUUCCCGUGGACAAUGUGGAGCAGACCCGUAUGUCACCCGAUAUGGACUUCCCCGGCCAGGCCGUGGUCUAUAUUCUGGUGGGUAUUACCAGUACGGCUAUUCUACUGCUCGUGAUGCGGGUUUAUCGGCUGCGACUGUCGAGAGCGGAGCGCAAGUACGGCGUGCAGGGCGACCGGGCCAACCAGGAGCUGACACCGCUGCCGAUGGCGAUCGAGGAUGUGAACAGCGACGAGGAGGACCACACCCUGUUCGAGGUCAAUCGCCAGAACAUACGCAUAUUAUGAAAUAGCAAACACGAGCACACGCCAAAGAUCCGUUUGGCUGCACCGCCAUUUCCGACACUUCUCAGCAGAUCUUGCCUUACUUCGUAGCUAUUUAACGCUUUGUAGAUUUGCGCUGUAGCUGCCAGCCAGUAGCCCACUAAGCCCACUAAUAACUAAGUUCUGUGCAUUUCUCCCACUCGCAGUUGGUUCAGGUUUAACGAAUCAAAGGAAAACAAAACCACUUGUGAUAAAGAUAACGAUGAUAUAUGUAUGUCUAUAAGUACGAAGAUGCCGCUGAAGCCCCGAAGGCAUUAAAAAUCUCAAAAAAGUACCGAUGCUUUCAACUCACCUCUGUGUGGAUGUUCCAUAUUAAUAAAUGUUAUAUAAAAUGUA